AUGGCCCUGCAAUCAGAACUCUCUGUAGAUGCAGGACCCAAGACUGCCAGUCAAGGGCCUGCCUGCUGCUCCGCGCGCUACAGCCUGGCGCUGCUGGCCUGCCUGGGCUUCUUCCUGCUCUACGCCCUGCGCGUCAACCUCAGCGUGGCCCUGGUGGCCAUGGUGGAGCCCGGCGGCGGCCCGGCCGGGAACGGCUCUGCCAGCGUCUGCCCCGAGCGCCCCGGCGGCGGGACCGCUCCUCGCAACGCCACGGGGGAGAAGUAUCCUUGGGAUGCUGACACUCAGGGAUGGAUCCUGGGCUCUUUCUUCUAUGGCUACAUCAUCACUCAGAUUCCAGGAGGGUAUCUGGCAAGCAAGAUUGGGGGGAAGGCACUGCUGGGCUUUGGCAUCUUUGGCACCUCUGUGUUCACCUUGCUGACUCCCUUGGCUGCACAUCUGGGAGUUGGCUACCUCAUAGCUGUCAGAGCCUUGGAAGGACUGGGAGAGGGUGUCACCUUCCCAGCCAUGCACUCCAUGUGGUCCUCCUGGGCCCCCCCCCUGGAACGCAGCAAGCUCCUCAGCAUCUCCUAUGCAGGUGCUCAGCUGGGGACCGUCGUCUCCCUGCCGCUCUCUGGUCUGAUCUGCUACUACCUGAGCUGGGUUUAUGUGUUCUACAUAUUUGGUGCCCUUGGUGUGCUGUGGUUCAUCUUCUGGAUGUGCUUGGUCAGUGAUACACCAGAGAGGCACAGGAGCAUUGCACAUGCUGAAAGAGAAUACAUCCUCUCUUCCCUGAAAGAUCAGCUUUCCACCCAGAAGUCCGUUCCCUGGAGGCCCAUCCUGCAGUCCCUGCCGCUCUGGGCCAUAGUUGUGGCACACUUCUCUUACAACUGGACCUUCUACACCCUCCUUACACUCUUGCCCACGUACAUGAAGGAGAUCCUGAGGUUUGAUGCACAGGAGAACGGUUUUCUGUCUGCCCUGCCCUACUUUGGGUGCUGGCUGUGCAUCAUUCUCUCUGGGCAAGUUGCUGAUUACCUGAGGGAGAAGCAGAACUUCUCAACUGUUUGUGUUCGGAAGUGCUUCACCCUGAUAGGCAUGAUUGGGCCUGCAGCGUUCCUGGUGGCAGCAGGCUUCACAGGCUGCAACUAUGAGCUGGCUGUUGUCUUUGUGACCAUAUCAACCACCCUGGGAGGAUUCUGUACCUCUGGCUACAGCAUCAACCACCUGGACAUAGCCCCCUCGUAUGCUGGGAUUCUGCUGGGGAUCACCAACUCCUUUGCUACCAUCCCAGGCAUGGUGGGGCCAGUUAUUGCCAAGAACCUCACUCACAAUAACACCGUGGCAGAGUGGCAGACCGUGUUCUGCAUUGCUGCUUCCAUUAAUGCCUUUGGAGCCCUUUUCUUUGCUUUGUUUGCAAGUGGAGAAGUUCAGGACUGGGCAGUCAGUGGCUACCACUUGCACAGAAACUGAAGGAGCUGUGAUGAAAGCCCAAAGCUCUGCUGGAGCCCAGUGU